UGUGUGGGCUGUUGCACGUCUCUGUGAUGACGCCUCCGCUUCUGCUUUGAAAGCGCGAGCCCACAGGCGCAGUUUUGCAGACAGUUUCCGGUGCUGUAACCUCCUCGCGCACUCGCGCUUCGUCUCACAACCAUGAAGGAACAAAGCUGCACGGAAGAGAUCUCCAACAUCCUGAAAGAGGCCCCGGCGGCCCGCAAAGCACUUCUGGAUAACUACAACAACCUGCGCAAUGUGGCUGAGUACUGCGAGAACAACUACCUCCAGGCAGACGGGGAUUCGGGUAAAGCGCUGGACGAAACGAAGGCCUUCGCCACUCAGUCUUUAGCAAGCGUGGCGUAUCAGAUUAGCAUGCUAGCCACCAACGUGCUCAAGCUGCUGGACGCUCAGUGCUCCCAGCUCCGUCACAUCGAGUCUAACAUCAACCUCAUCGGACUGACUGUGGAUAUGCACCGAGAGAAGGUGGCACGUCGAGAGAUCGGUGCUUUCACUGUGGCUAAGAGAUACACGCGGAGCAGCAAAGUCAUCCCACCUGCAACCAGCAAAGAUCCCAAACCCAAAUACAGCCGUACACCCAUCUCCUACAGCAGCCUGGACACAGUGGGGCACGGCAUGAAGGAUUCGAAGCCACAGGAAAGAAAAGCAACCAUAAACCGCAAGCAUGGCGGUACGCUCAGUAGGAACCGUCCGACGGAGUGUCCCGUGGCUCCCACUUUGUCACGUGGAGCAUCUGUAACCUCUCUCAGUGACAAAUCUGUGACCUCUAGUUUUGGUAAAGCUGUUCCUCCUCCAGUUGUGCCCAGCUGGCCAAUGACCUCCGAGCCCGACAUCGUCAGCACGCUGCUGGAGGACAUACCUACACUUCCGCCCCCACCGAUGGACGAAGAAGAAGGGGCAGCGCCUGAGAUUGGUGUAGCGCCACCCCCUGCUCCUCCCCUCAACACGUGUGAUUUCCUCCCUCCUCCACCUGUGAAUCCGAUGGAGGAGAACCAUGAGCUAGAACCCGCGCCGCCGCUGGAGACAGUGCCUGAAGAGAACAGCUUUCCUCCUCCAGAGCCUGAUGGACUCCAUCUUACUGCUCCUCCUCCUCCUCCUCCUCCUCCUCCACCACCUCCACACUCCCUGGAGAACGGAGAAGACCUGGAGAUUCCGGCUCCUCCUUUGCCUCCACCCAUAGACUGCAUGGAUGGUUUUGAGGAUAUUCCUCCUUUACCUCCACCUGUGGACUACGACACAUCUGCUCCUGCAGAUUACUUGGAGAAAGUGGUGGCUAUCUAUAGCUAUGAAGCGGGAAAGCCGGGGGACUUGACCUUUCAGGAAGGGAAUGUGAUCUACCUGACCAAGAAGAACAAUGACGGCUGGUGUGAGGGCGUCCUGAAUGGAGUGGAGGGGUUCUUCCCUUUAAACUACGUCGAGACCAUGAGCACUGACUGAAACACUGUUUAGGUCAAAACAUCAUGAAGAUAUUUUAUUUUUUAUUUAGAAAAAGAAUGAAGUGAUAUUCAGAGAUAUGCAAACUAGACAUUUGAUUAUUGUGUACGUGAAAAAGUCAUUUUAUAAAAUUAUAGUAUAAAUGCUUUAUCUGCAUAUCUUUUUAAAUUUUCAAUACUAUCCUUAUUUUUUAAAAUUAAUCCUGAAAUAAUUUAAGUAUUUAUUAACACCAGCUAACAGACGGAUGAACUUGGAUCAAUCAAGUUUUCAUGACAACACACUUUCCUUUCUCUGUUUCAAUUUCAUUAAUAAUUUUAUUACUUUAUCAAAUCAAUAGAAGUUUAUUAUAUAAGGGAUCGAGUUCACACGGCAGCACGACUUUCCCAGAAUGCACUGCCGUGGUGUUUACUUUUCAAAAAUAGUGGAUGAUGUGUAAACAAGAUCAGUUAUUUUUCUCUUCGUAAAUAAAAUCUCUACACAUGGAA